GUUACACUAAGCACUGAUUGAGAAAUCAUGCUGUCAGCCCCCCAGGUCCUAUACAGCUGAUCUGGUACAGAAAGUAUAGGAGUCUCUCUCUGGCUCUGCUGGGUGCGGGUGCUGAAUUUGACUGGGCUGAGAGUGUGAUUUCACAUUAAAAAUGGCGGACGCUGGAUUCUGUGUGCUACUCCUGUGUUGCUCUCUGGUCUCAGGACUGGUGUAUUACAUCAACAGGAGCUUUGAACAUGAAGACAAGAUAAAGAUCAGCGAGAGGCCCAAUUUUAUCAUUAUCCUGGCAGAUGAUAUUGGCUGGGGAGACCUCUGGACAAAGCAGUCCGACAGUACGACACCAUGGCUGCACAAGUUAAAGGUGGAAGGCAAAAGAUUUACUGACUUCCACUCUCCUGCCUCGACGUGCUCUCCGUCACGUGCUGCCCUGCUGACCGGCAGACACGGCUUACGCAACGGAGUCACCCACAACUUUGCAAAAGGUUCUGUUGGAGGUCUUCCACUUAACGAGACCACAUUUGCUCAGCUCCUCCGUGAUGCAGGCUACUACACUGCCAUGAUUGGAAAAUGGCAUCUUGGACACAAUGGUCUCUACCAUCCAGUCCACAGAGGCUUUGAUUAUUACCUGGGUAUUCCAUACAGUAAUGACAUGGGCUGCACUGACAAGCCAGGCUAUGACCUUCCCAGCUGCCCUCCAUGUGAACAAAGUCUACAUAGCAGCAGGAAGCGUGGGGAAUGUGACAGUAAAGUGGCAUUACCUCUAUUUGAGAACCAGACUAUCGUUGAGCAGCCCUUGGACCUGUGGGCCCUGACAGGACGGUAUGCUAAAGCUGCAGUCAGGCAGAUCCUGACUGCUAGGAAUAGGAGGCAGCCUUUCCUGCUGUAUGUGGCUCUGGCUCACAUGCACGUCCCUCUGUUCCAUUACCGCUUUCUAAAUGUAACUGGGAAGGAUGCCUAUUCUGCAAGCCUCAGUGAUAUGGACAGUUUGGUGGGGUCUAUCAUGCUUGCCAUUGAGGCUUUCAGUGUGGAGAACACACUCAUAUGGUUUACUGGUGAUAAUGGACCCUGGGAGCAAAAAUGCCAGUUUGCAGGAAGCCCUGGGCCUUUUGUUGGGAGGUGGCAAACCAGCAGAGGUGGAGGCUCAGCCAAGAGAACGACUUGGGAAGGAGGCCACAGGGUUCCAACAGUGGUCAGCUGGCCUGGGAAGAUAUCACCUAACACCAACAGCAGCGCACUGCUGAGUGGUUUGGACAUCUUUCCUACAGUCCUUUCUCUAGCAGGUGUGGAACCACCAUCAGACAGACGUUACGAAGGCAUUGACAUAACAGAUGUUCUGCUCCAUGACGCUGACACUGGACAUAAGAGUCUCAUGCAUCCAAACAGUGGAGCAGCAGGGCAAUUUGGAGACCUGCAGACUGUGAGGGUGGGACGCUACAAGGCCUUUUACAUCACAGGUGGUGCAGAAGCCUGUGGUGGAGGAACUGGAACACCAGAACUUCAUGACCCUCCUUUGAUUUUUGAUCUCGCUAAGGAUGAAGCAGAGGAGUCAGUACUGGAUCCAGCUAGUGAAGAGUAUCAGGCUGUCCUAAAGGACGUGGAACGUGAACGAGAGGCUCUACUGUGGGACAUUGCCUUAGACAAUGUGUCUAUUGCAGACUACACUGUAACACAAGCUGCAGUGCCCUGCUGCCAGACACACAACCCUGCCUGCCGAUGCCAUGGUUCCAGCUAAACCCUGUAACUGCUAACUAAACAGUUGACCAAACAGCUAAUUUUAUUCAAAAUCUUCCAAUAUACAGUGCUGGGAAAAAGUAAGAGACCACUUCAGUUUCUGAUUCAGUUUCUCUGAUUUUGCUAUUUAUAGGUAUAUGUUUAAUAAAAUGAACAUUGUUGUUUUAUUCUAUAAACUACAGACAACAGACUACAGAUUUAUUUGCAGAAAAUAAGAAAUGGCUGAACUAACAAGAAAGAUAUAAAGCUCUAAGACCUUAAAUAAUGCAAAGAAAACAAGUUCAUAUUCAUAAAGUUCAAAAAUCAAUAUUUGGUGUAAUAACCCUGGUUUUCAAUCACAGUUUUCAUGGCAUGUUCUCCUCCACCAGUCUUACACACUGCUUUUGGGUAACAUUAUGCCACUAAAAAUUCAAGCAGUUCAACUUGGUUUGAUGGCUUAAUCAUCCAUUUUCCUCUUGAUUAUAUUCAAGAGGUUUUCAUUUGGUAAAAUUAAAGAAACUUGUCAUUUUUAA